UAGCAGCAGCAGCAAAGAAAAAAAAUUUGUUUAUAUUAAUUUAGUAAACAAUGUGAUAAUAAGAAGCUUAUGAUAAAAGAAAUUAUUAUGAUGUAAAUAAAUGUAACAUAUGAAAUUUAAAUGAAUAAGGAUGAUCGUGCCACAGAAAAAGUCAUAUUAUCUUCUUAUGCUGUUGAUAUUAAAAAUUAAAUAUAUUUAUUCUGCACAACAACGAAAAGAUCUUGGUCUGCCUGGAAAUCGUUGGCCAUGUUCAAAUGAAGGUGAAGAAGUUGCACCUAAAACAAAUAUCGCGAACAUUAAAUGUUUCAAAUGUAUUUGUCAGAAUGGCUUCGUAGAAUGUGAAAAAGAUAGUUGCCCCGCGAUUGAUGAUUGCUAUGCAAUACAAAAAAAUUCAGAAAGUUGCUGUGAUAAAUGCAAAGAAUGUGUCUAUAAAGGAGAAAUCUAUCAAAGUGGAGCCGAAUGGUUUGAUAAAGAUGAUCCAUGUAGUGUUUUUAAGUGUGUCGCCGGUGUCAUCACAGAGUCUAUAACUAAAUGCUAUACAGCAUGUAGUAAUCCAUCAAAACCAGCACCAGGACAGUGUUGUCCAUCAUGUUUGGGAUGUCUACUAAAUGGACAGUUAGUUCAUGAAGAUCGAGCUGUGACGCUGAGUGAAGAUCCAUGUGUUAAAUGUCAUUGUAAUGGUAGAAGGUUAACUUGUGUUAAACAAGCUUGUCCAAUUCUUCAAUGUCCUAUUAGUCUGCAGUACGCACCCGAAGGCAGUUGUUGUAAGAAAUGUAUAAGAAAAAUUGGAUAUAAUAAACCUGCUAAAGGCGGUUGCCUUAUGAAUGGAGAAUAUUUUCCAUCAGCAAAAGAUAAGAAAGUUAGACCCGAUGCAUGCAGUAUGUGUACGUGCCAUAAUGAGACAUCAUUGUGUCUGAAAACAACAUGUCCAAUAUUAGAUUGUCUUCCUCAAAAUCAAGUGAUACGACCCGGUGAAUGCUGUCCAAACUGUAUUAAUAAUGGACUUACUGCAGAAUAUGCAACAUCUGAAUGCACAUACAAAGAGAAAACCUACAAGAACAAUGAGACUUGGAAACUUGGACCAUGUCAGUCAUGCGAGUGCCGAAAUGGAGAAAUUCGUUGUGCACAAACACAAUGUCCAAAAAUAAAGUGUCGACCCAACGAGCACCUUUCAACGAUUGAAGGUCAAUGUUGUGCACAAUGUCAAGAAAAAUCACAUGUGUGUACGGUAUUUGGUGAUCCACAUUAUAAGACAUUCGAUGGAAAGUUUUAUAGCUUUCAAGGUGCAUGUAAAUAUCAAUUGACUGCUGACUGUGUAAGUCAUUCAUUUUCCAUUCGUGUAACCAACGGAGUGCGCCAUCAAAAGAAGCAAAAGAGUUGGACAAAGACCAUAACAUUUAAGAUGGCUGAGAUAAAAAUUAAUUUAGGACAAAAAUUGCGUGUAAAAGUAAACGGAACCCGCGUCAACUUACCAUAUAGCUUAGAUAAAUUAGUGAGAAUUAAUAAGACACACAACGAUGAAGUUGUCGUAGAAUCUUAUCUCGGUAUUAAAAUAAUUUAUGAUGGAUAUAAUUUCUUGCAAGUUGAGGCACCAGUCAGCUAUAAAGGGAAAUUAUGUGGUUUGUGUGGCAACUACAACAAUGUCGGUCGUGAUGAUUUAACUUCAAGAAAUGGCAUAACAUUUCCGGAGCAUGAUGUAAAAAAGUUUGCAAACAGUUGGCGAGUGGGUGGAAUGAAGGCUUGUGCUCGACGACCAAACGAACAUGAAUUAUCUCAAAAUCCACAACAAUGCAUAAAUAACAAGAAAAAAGUCUACGCGAAAUGUUUGGAUUUGAAAUCACAUAAUAUAUUUGAGAACUGUAAUAGUCGCGUUAAUCCUGAUAAGUAUUUUGAAUUUUGUAAAAUGGACAUGUGUGACUGUGCAACACAAACUUGUUAUUGCGAGAGUUUCGCAGCGUAUGCUCAUGAAUGCGAAAGAAAUGGUGUGAAAUUGUUAGAUUGGAGAGAUCUUGCUGGUUGUAAAUUAAGCAAUUUACACAAUCAAAAUAAUCAACAACAAAUAGGUCAAAAUGCAAAGAGAAGACGAAAUCGAAAAGGAAAGGCGAGACAUCAGAAAGUAGUGAAAAAUAUGAAUAUUGAGUAAUAGUUUUUUAUUAAUUUAUUUUUGACAAUUAUAAGGAAAGAGAUGAAAGGAGAAAAAAAUGUGAAAUACGUGAUGAAAUUAUUAUUUAUUAUAAUUCUU